GAGAGGCUGGAGUUUUCAUCUUCCCUUUUCGAGCUCUGUCUCAGUUUUUGGCGAGGCUUCAGAGGAAGAAGCAGUCUGAAAUGCAUUACAGAUGAAUGACUUUCCAGGCUGUGUGCUGACUGCAGGAACCAAGAAGGAGCUUCUUCCCAAGGAAAAGGAAAAUGUAUGCCCAGAUCCUUGCCCUGGCAGUGGCUGUGGUGCAGUGCAAAGCUGUGGCCGUUCAUGAAGCAUGCAGGACGGCGGAGGUGGCCGACAUUUUGUUCCUCGUGGGGCAGUCCCAGGGCGCAGGGAGGGAGAGCUCCCGGCUGGUCAAGGACUUCAUCGGCAGCAUGGCCCGUUCCUUUGAGAACGUGGUGAUGGGCAAAGGAGGCAUCCGGCUGGCUGUGGCACUCUACGGGGAGAAACCAAGGAUGAGUAUUGAGCUCACAGAUUACGUGACCAUCGAAGAAAUGCUGGUGGCAAUUCAGGAUCUCUUCCUCAAAGGCGGCAGCUUAAGAACAGGGUCAGCCCUGGCGUUUGCGGCUCAUGCCAUGUCUCGCCUGGACACGCUGCGAGAGGAUGCAGCAAAGGUAGUUGUUUUGAUCACGGAUGGGAAAUCCGGCGACUCAGUUGAAGACGAAGCCCGGGUCCUGCAGGAUGGGGGGGUGACGGUGUUUGCUGUAGGGAUUAAGGAUGCUGACAAGAAUGAACUGAACAAAAUAGCUUCAGAGCCCACUGCAGAGCAUGUGCUUUACAUUGAAGAUUUCCACUUGCUCCACAACUUGGCCCCCAAACUCUCUCGAAGGCUCUGUUUCACUGCCUCAGAGCCACCACGACCCGUCAAACAGACUGUGCAAGCUGAGAAGAUCAUCGGCCCCCGGGAUUUGUAUGUCAGUGAGCACAGCCACAGCUCGCUGCGACUCACGUGGAUGCCAGCUACAGGGAGGGUGACAGGGUACCGUGUCCAUCUACAGCCCUUGCUGCCUUCAGGGCAGCUGAUUUCAGAGGACCAGCGGCAGAUUGUGGUGGAUGGUGACAAAAGCACCGUGCUGGUGACUGAUCUGACACCCAACACUAAGUAUGUCUUCACGGUGAGGGCCGUCUAUGCAGAUGUCCUUGGGGAGUCAGCAGCUGUCAAGGGAAAAACAACACCUGUGCCUCCAGUCACUAAUUUCCGUGUGGUAGAAGAAGGACCUUUUAGCUUGAAGGUGGCUUGGACACCUCCACUGGGCAAACUGAAGGGCUACAAGGUCUACAUCCCCAGAGCCAACAGACCAGGAAUGACCUACGAGCAGGUUCUGCGGGGUGACGUCUCUUCCCAUGUGCUGGAUAACUUGCAGGAGGACAGAGAAUACAGCAUCAGCAUCUACGCGGUGUACCCCCAGGGGCCGAGCCAGCCUGUGGCUGCUGUGGGGAGAACAUUGAAGCUCCUGCCUGUGAAAAGCAUCUUGCUGCAGAACGAAACCACCGACACGGUCCAGGCAAGGUGGAGCCCCGUCCGGGGAGCAACGGGGUACAGGCUGACCUGGACAUCAGCAGAGGGCAGCGUCCAGGAUGUGAACCUCAGCAACACCUACAGCUACUACAUGAUCCAGGGGCUGCAGCCUGGCACAGAGUACACCGUCACCAUCAACCCUAUCUUCGGGGAUGUUGAGGGGCCGGUGGUGCGCGGAAAAGCAACGACGGUGGCAUCGAGCACCGUCCAGAUGCUGAAAGUGAGUGAGAUAUCCAUCAACAGCGCUCUGGUCUCCUGGGACUCGGUUGCUGGGGCCACGGGGUACCGAGUGGCUUGGGGUCCUACACCAGAGUUCUUUGGCAAAGACCGACCUCGCCAGCUGGCCCUCAACAAGUCAAUCACAGCCUACCAGCUCCGCAACCUGGCCCAUGACACCGAAUACGUGAUUUCCCUCUAUGUGCUCUUUGGCUCGGUGGAGGGACCAGGGAUCACGACCUCAGCCAGGACAUCUCCUCUUGGCUACGUCUCCAAUUUCAAGGUGAUGUCCUACACCAGCACAAGCCUGUCUAUGGCGUGGAGUGCCACAGCAGCUGCCACCAAAUUCAAAGUCACCUGGAGCCCUGUGGGAGCAGGCAAAGAAAAACAAGUUGCCAAGACUCAGUACCUGGACAGUAGAGUGUUGGCUUACCGGAUUGACCACUUGCUGCCCAACACUCUGUAUAAAGUCAGCGUUCGGGCUGUCUUCAGCAAGACUGAGGGGCCAGAGGUGACUCUGACUCACCGCACAGCAUCUUUUGCAGACUCCAACCCCAUCCAGACCAUCCAAGAUCUGAGGAUUACUGACACUGGAGUGAAUAGUUUGAAGCUGUCUUGGAGGAGGCUUCCUGGUGUAACUCACUAUAAGAUAUCCUGGGUGCCAUUUAAUGGUGGCUUGGAAACCUCCCAGCUGGUUGCAGCAGAGGCAGUCUCCUUCACGAUCCCCAGACUGAAGGAGAGCACCACGUACACCAUCUGCGUGUCUGCAAUGAUCAGGGAACGGGAGGGAAGCCCCACGCUCCUCACAGCCAAAACCUUGGAUUUACCCAAAGUGACUGAGUUCACAGUGCAGGAGGCUGCGGAGACCAGUGUUUUGCUGACUUGGGUGGCUGUUCCUGGAGCAUCCACGUACCUAUUAACGUGGCGCUUGUCCUCAGGUUCUGAUCUUUCCCAGGAACUGUUAUCAGCAGCUUCUAGAUCAUAUCGAGUGACAGGAUUGAGUGCCAAAGAAAUGUAUUUGUUUUCUAUAAGACCAGUCUUUGGAGAUACGGAGGGACCAGAGACAACACUCCUUGGGCAAACAGUGGGACCUCACAGAGAGUCACCUGCGCCAAUCGCUCCAGUGACUUCUACAAAAUUGGAUACGAUGAGAUCCCCAUCCGUAUCUCCUAGCAAUGUGGGGACCACUCCUCUUCCACUGGCCACCACCACAACACUACCACCAACCUCAGAGGUCCUACCAUCGACCACUGUAGUGUCUGCACUGCUGACAACUCUCCCUGGACCAAUCUGUGGCAAGCUCAAAGCAGACAUUGGGUUCCUGGUGGACGAGUCCUCGAGUAUUGGCCAGAGCAAUUUCAAUAAAGUGAAGGAUUUCCUCUUCCGGAUCAUUUCCUAUUUCCCUAAGAUUGGGCCUGAAGGGACACAGGUUGCUGUUGCUCAAUACAGUGAGGAGCCCAGGGCAGCCUUCUAUUUCAACCAGCACCGUGACCGCAACAGUGCCCUGAAAGCCAUCAAGGGACUGAGCUAUGCUGGAGGCAACACAAAAACGGGUCGUGGUAUAGCCUACAUGCUAAAGGAAUUAUUUCAGUCCUCCAGAGGGAUGAGACCAGAUUUCCCUCACAUGAUGGUGCUCGUGACUGAUGGGCAAUCCCAGGAUGACGUGUUGCCACCAGCCAGAGUAGCCCAUGCUUUGGGGAUCCGCGUCAUUGCUGUGGGUGUCUCAGGAGCUGACCCCGUUGAGCUCAACAGCAUCUUGCUGCAGCAGAACCUCCAGAACGUUUUCUACAUCAGCACAUUCGAUGACUUCCCCCAGAUCCUCCGAGAGCUGAUAGAAGUCAUUUGUUCUGACCCUCAGCCUUCAGGGGCCCAGCUACCACCUGGCGAGGUUGCCAGACAUGAAGCCAACAAGCAAUUGCCAUUUGGUGAAACAGAGACCAAGCCACACGUCCCUGAUCCAUCAUCAGCUGAACCACAUAUCCAAAAAGAAGAAGAGGCUUGUGGUCCCUGGUGUUUAAAGAGCUUCAGGGGCUCACUGGCUCAUGGAGGCUAUGACCCAUACAGCUUUACUACAAAGGGAGAGAAAGGAGAGCGGGGUCUGCCUGGGAAGGACGGCAUUCCUGGGCUGCCGGGCAGACCGGGGCGGACAGGUCCUCCUGGUGCCCCUGGACUCAUGGGUCUCCCUGGCAUCCAAGGUGAUAUUGGAUCUCCUGGCUAUCCAGGACCAGUGGGGCCAAAAGGAGACAGAGGAGAACCAGGCUAUGUCCUGGGAGGAGUGGAGGUGAUUCCUGGCCGAAAUGGGCAGCCUGGUCCCCCCGGACAGAAAGGGCAGCCAGGGGUUCCUGGGGUAGCUGGACCACCAGGUUUACCAGGGCCACAGGGGCCACCAGGGAUCUCCAUCAAGGGUGAACCAGGGGAUUCAGGUGUCAGGGGCCCUCGUGGGAGGAAUGGCCUCAAGGGUGACAGAGGAGGCAUGGGAGAGCCGGGGAAACCUGGAUUGCCAGGCCCUGUAGGGCUAGAUGGAGUUCCUGGGCUGCCCGGACCAAGAGGAGAGAAGGGGAUGGCAGGAACUGGCAAUCCUGGCACUGUUGGCCCAAGGGGGGAAAAAGGAGAGCAGGGGGUGAUGGGACCUCCAGGAGCACCAGGACCAAAGGGACUCCCCGGACCUCCAGGGCAGAAGGGUGACCAAGUUUUGGGACCUCCAGGCAAGAAAGGUGUCAGGGGAGAUAUUGGGCCAACAGGGGCCCUGGGACCACAAGGAGACAAAGGAAUACAAGGAGACAAAGGAGAGAAGGGAAGUCCAGGUUUUGGCAUUCCUGGUCAACCUGGGCUGAAGGGAGAUCCAGGCGACAGGGGAAAUGUAGGUUUGUCUGGCAAACCAGGUCAGAAGGGGGAUAUAGGUCUGAAGGGAGAGAAAGGUGAACCAGGAUUACCUGGGAAACCAGGCGAGACCGGACUAAGAGGUAAAGAUGGAGAAGCUGGUGUCCCUGGAGAACCAGGAGAGAGAGGAAUCAGGGGUCCACCUGGACUCCCGGGACGGCCUGGAGAGCAGGGGAUAAAAGGCGAUACAGGACAAUCUGGAAAGGAUGGAAUCACUGGAGAGAAGGGAGACAAGGGCGAAUCUGGUGAGCCUGGGCUGCCUGGGACUCCUGGAAGCAUUAUGUCUUCUCUGGAGAACACCAUCACCUUGAAAGGCGAGAAGGGGGAUUGUGGGAAGGAUGGCUUGAAAGGCGAAAGAGGACCUCCAGGCCCAAAGGGAGAACCUGGUCCACCAGGCAAAGGAGUGGAAAUGAAGGAUCUGGAGAGGCUUUUUGAAGCAAAUGGUAUCAAGCUGGCAUUGCUGAAGGACCUCUCCAAUGCGCUCCUGUGGGAUGGGCUGGAUGGGCUGGUGCGGCAGCUGGGUGGCUCCAGGAUAAGCAAGACCUCCAGGAGAAAGCAGACAGCUCUGCAUGCCACCGAGCACAGCGAUUCACUGGUGUUCGAUACUUCUCAAGAUGCCCUGGCCAGCACUGAGGUGACAGAAGCAGCACAGAGCCUGGAGGUGGAGGCUCAGUUUAGGGCGACGGUGUCUGGAGGACUCCCUAAGGGUCCAUCUGCUGGUGGUUCUGAACCUGAGUACCAGUCCCUCGGAAACCCUCCUGAGUCCUUGGAGAAAACAUCUGAGGAAAGAAGGAAGGAGAGAGUCUCAAAAGGGACAAACACUUCUCUCAGCAGUAGCUUGGCUGUGCCCCCAUCGCAUCCAGAACAUGAUCUGCAAGGAAACCAGUCCAUGGAGCUUCUCGAGUCCUUGGAAGAGAGGGUGGCAGGACAACCGCAGCAGGAUACCAGCCAUGAAAAUGUGAAUUCAGACGAUGGCUCUGCGCUCCCAAGGCACGUUAGAGCCAGGAGAUCUGCCGAGCACAAGAGACACCCGGUAAAGACCCCGUUUCACCGCGACGGCUUUGGGCUGGCCUGUGCUCAAGAGCAGAGCCAUCGGUGCGAUCCAGGAGGAAGCGAUGAGCCUUCCUUGUUGGCUCCAUCACAGGUUCAUCCCCCCGGAGCCCCAGGAGCUCGGAAAUCCCCGUCCGGAUCCGCGGCAUACCCAGGCCCUCAUCACCCGAGGAGAAUUAAGAAGGAGGAAACUGGCCCAGCAGAUCCACCCUCCCACGGCCAAAAGGGAGAAAUGGGAGCUCCAGGAGUCCGUGGAGACAAAGGAGAAAAGGGGCAGCCUGGGGAAAUGGGGGAACCUGGAGAAAAGGGCACCAAAGGAGACAGAGGUGAAAAUGGUCAAAAGGGAGAACCUGGAAUUGGGUUCAGAGGUCCCGUUGGUCAGGCUGGGCCACCUGGAUUUAAGGGUGAGCCAGGGGCCCCAGGACCUCCAGGAGCUCAGGGCAUCCAGGGCAUUCGUGGCAACGCCGGCACCCCCGGGUCACAGGGGGACAGAGGGGCUCCAGGUCUGCCUGGGAUGCCAGGACAGAAGGGGGAGCGUGGGAAGAGAGGCCGGAAUGGAUUUGCUGGGCCCAUGGGACCAUCAGGAUCCCCAGGAAAAGAGGGUAUUCCCGGGACACCUGGAUCCAAAGGAAACAAGGGAGAAAUUGGCAUUGGAGCAGCUGGCCCAAGAGGUCCUCGUGGACUGCCUGGCCCUCGGGGUGAUGAGGGCAUCGUGGGAGUCCGGGGCCCCACUGGCACAAUGGGUCUAAAAGGCUUCCCCGGUGUGAAAGGCGAAAGAGGUGAUCGGGGACUUCUGGGACCCAAGGGAGAAAGAGGUGAGCCCAUGACUAUUUUCGGACCCCAGGGCUAUAAAGGCAGUAAAGGAGAUCCCGGUGAACGGGGCCUGCCAGGUUUUGACGGAGACAAAGGCGAGAAGGGAGAGGAUGGGCCUGUAGGAGAAAAGGGAGUCAAAGGUGAAGCUGGCUCCAAGGGAGUGAUGGGGCUUUUUGGAACAAGAGGACCAGUGGGACAGAAGGGAGAGCCGGGAGAACCAGGCUUGCUGGGCUCUGCCGGUGCAGCAGGUCUUGAUGGGAAGAACGGAAACAAGGGAGCCAAAGGUGACAGAGGUCUUCAGGGGCAGAAGGGGAAGCCAGGAGGGAAAGGUGAUCCUGGGACCGCUGGUGACAUCGGGCAGAAAGGAACAAAGGGCUUACGAGGGCUUCCAGGACACAUCGGCACUCCCGGAGCCAAAGGCAUCAAGGGAGAAAUUGGCAGUCCUGGAAAACCAGGGAUCCCAGGAUCGGAUGGACCGUAUGGACCAAAGGGUGAACAAGGAGCAUCAGGGGACAAUGGUGCCUCAGGGAUUCCUGGGGAGAAAGGAGAAAAGGGAGCCAAGGGAGUUCCUGGCCUGGGGGGCUUCAAAGGACAAAUGGGAUGGCCUGGGAAGACUGGAGUCGCUGGACCCGAUGGACCUCAAGGGCCACGGGGUGAACCAGGGCCACAGGGUCCACGAGGGAAAAGAGGGAGACCUCAGCUCUGCCUCAGGGGACCCCCAGGCAUGGACGGGCAAAAAGGAGAAAUGGGUGAAAAUGGUCCAGCUGGCCAGAAAGGAGAAAAGGGAGAUCCUGGUCUUUCUGAGGAAGAUGUGAAGGAGGUGGUCAGGAGCGAAAUGAGAGGCAGAUGUGAUUGUGGAGGUGAGUUGGGAAGGGUGCUCAUGGAAAGGGGUCUGGAGGCAGCUGAAAUCAACAGGCAGCUCCAAGGGUAUUUUCAGCCUCGGGAACACACCAGAAGGGAUGAUGAAAGCCAGGAAGAAAUGCUUAACAAAACUCAGAGCAUGACCAUGUUGGUGACGUCGGUGAAGCCCUUCAUGGAGCCACCUUCAUUUAUUGCAGCGGCUCCCCGGGCACAGCAGAUAACGGGUCCCUCUCAGCACAAGCGCCGAGAAGCCCACAGUCAAUUACCAGCCCCCUGCCUGCAGCCGAUGGAUGAGGGCUCCUGCCAGCACUACGCCCUGCUCUGGUAUUACCACCCAGAGGCAAACGCCUGCCGGCCCUUCAUCUUUGGGGGAUGCCGAGGGAACAGCAACCGCUUCGAAACCAAGUGGAAAUGCGAGCAGCGGUGCAAAACCUCAGCAGUCAGAAGGAGGUGAUCAGCUGCAAUUGCCUUGUUUAAAGCAAAGAGGAACGGAGCUGCGAGAAGUGUCUCCAGGACACCUCAGACACUGGACAAGCAAGACAACCCAUUUAACUUGAAGAGGCAAGGGAUGUUUGAAAAAAAGGUGUUGGAAAACUGUAAUUAUGAGCAGGAAAGAAAGUGGUAUGAGGAGAGGGAAACAUCUGGUUGCUCAGGAAAGCGGAGAUGUCCAGAGGCUCAUGACUGCACCACUUGCCCUGUGGGGCUACUGUGCAAAACCAGGUGACACAUACCCCUGAGUUUAUUUUUGUAAAAUAAAAGUGUGUUAAUGCUGCCAUGUUUAA